CAUUCGUUCCUCCACAUCGCCGAAAUCCUGACACGUAUCGGCUACGCGUUCUCUCUUUUCCAAUUCGGUUUUGCCAGUAGAUCAGUGCGGUCAGUGUGUAGGCACUUUCCAUUUUCCUCUCGAUUGCCACAUUUCUAGUUUGGCAGAGUUCCGCUCGGAAUCGCUUAUAUUUAGUCGGAUUAAUCUUCCAGUAGAUUCGUAUUUAAAUCUAAACAAUAUGUCGGACCAAACGAGCUCAGGUUUCACCAAGGAAGAGGAGCUACUGCUCCAGGAUUUCAGCCGGAACGUGAGCACCAAAUCGAACGCCUUGUUCUACGGAAAUGCCUUCAUCAUUUCGGCCGUCCCAAUCUGGCUCUUCUGGAGGAUCCACCAGAUGGAACUGCUUCCAUCGCUGGUCUUUUUUGCCAUCGUCACCGGGCUGUGCACCUAUCUGAUGGCUAUGGCCUACAAGAACACUAAAUUCACCCUGAAGCACAAGAUUGCCAACAAGCGCGAAGAUGCCGUGACCCGGGAAAUGACUGCGCUGCUGGCCGAUGACAAGAAGAUCAGCCGCAAGGAGAAGGACGAACGGAUUCUGUGGAAGAAGAAUGAUGUGGCCGAAUACGAGGCUACCACUUUCUCGAUCUUCUAUAACAACGCACUCUUCCUGACGGUGGUCAUCUUUGCCAGCUUCUACUUGCUGCGUUCUUUCACGCCCACCUUCAACUACAUUUUCUCCGUUGCCGGAGCCGGAGGUUUGAUGGCUCUCCUGUCCACUGGAAAGUCUGUCUAAACCAUUAGGACAGCAACCGGAAUGAAGCGCUACAUCCAGUUAAGUGGAUCGGUGGAUCGGCAGAACUUUUCUAAGACUAAUGCAUUUUUACCGAGUUGGCCGACCAAGUUCUUUGCUGAUUUUUUUUUGUUUGUUCUCAUCAGAAUCAUUGAAGUCACCCCAAAAAAAAAGCAAACACAUUCACACCAGUUUGUUAACAUAAAAAGGAAACCCUUGUGUUGUCAACAAAAGAGAGGAAAGCUUUUGAUUUCUUCUAUAGAUUAUAACUAGCGUAAAGAUUGUCCAUUGUUGAAUCAGAACAUUUCAUGUACUUUCUAGAAACUGAACAAGAGAUUCAAGUUCUGGUUUGAAUAAAGUGUGGAAAAAGAAA